CAGAGUGCAUCGCCUGUGUGCUCCGCCUGUGAGAAGGAUACUAUCGUUACUGCCGCGAGACUGGUAGCAAUGUCUAAUAGUGGAUAAAUCUGAGUACAGUGUAUUGAUCAUCGGAUCAUUCUAAGAGAUAUGUUGGCGUGUCCACCAGGUAAUGUUUGAAAGCCCCUAGAAAGGAACCUGUCAUCUUGUGCAGCUUCAUGUAUGUCCUGCUCGUGGCCUCCACUUUACCAGUCUCUGCAUUCCUCCCUCCGCUGCGUUAAGCCAAUCACAGCACAGACGCCAUUGCCAUGGACACGGAUUCAAUCCACUCCGGCUAUUCCCACCACUCCAACAGAUCACGAGGGUCAAACAAACAGAGUGAGCGCAGCAGCAGGGAUCGACACAAACCUCACAGCCGCGACAGCAGCAGCCGCUCAGACAAGAAUGUGACGAUCAGCGCGUCGUCUGUGCAGCCGCAGCCGCCUGAUCAGAGCUCCGCCCCUACAGACGCCCAGGAUGACAACUGGGGCGAAACCACAACAGCAGUCACUGGAACAUCAGACCACAGCUUGUCUCAAGAGGACCUGGCAGGCUUUGGGAAGGACACGGAGGGUCCAGUUGAGAAAUUGAACUGUAUACGCUUCCUUCCUUUGGCCCUGACCCUCUUCUUGGGCUUGCUGGUCCUGGUCACCCCUCUGUCCUUCCUGGUUCUGCCGCAGUUGAUGUGGCCGGAGCGCCUGCAGACUUGCGGUACUGCAUGUGAGGGCCUGUUUCUCUCGCUGGCCUUCAAGCUUCUCAUCCUGCUGCUGGCUGGCUGGGCUCUGUUUAUGCGGCCGACAAGAGCCUCUCUGCCCAGAAUAGCAGUGUUUCGUGCCCUGCUGGGUUUGCUGACACUUCUCCUGCUGCUCUCCUAUUGGCUGUUUUUUGGAGUUCGCAUAUUGGACUCACAGGAUGACAACUACCAAGGCAUAGUGCAGUUUGCAGUAUCACUGGUGGAUGCUCUACUGUUCAUCCAUUACCUGGCAGUGGUUCUGCUAGAGAUCCGACAUCUGCAGCCCUGCUUCUCUCUGUGUGUCGUUCGGUCCACUGAUGGAGAAACUCACCACUAUAACAUGGGACAACUCAGUAUUCAGCGGGCAGCCCUGGUAAUUCUUGAACACUAUUAUAAGGAUUUCACAGUUCACAACCCUGCCCUACUGACAGCUGCUAAGUCCAGGGCGGCUAAACAUCUGGCCGGGCUGAAAGUCUAUAAUGUGGAUGGUGCUGGAAGUGAUGCUGCAACGGCUCAGUCUCGAGCAAAAAUGGCAGCUGCCGCACGACAGAGAGACACCAGUCACAAUGAGCUAUACUACGAGGAAGCAGAGCAUGAUAGACGAGUCCGAAAGCGCAAAGCACGACUGGUGGUGGCAGUAGAGGAGGCGUUCACACAUGUCAGACGGCUGCAGGAUGAGGAGAAAAAGAAGCCACCAGGAGAUGAGAUGGACCCACGUGAGGCGGCGCAGGCCAUCUUUCCCUCCAUGGCUCGAGCGCUGCAAAAAUACCUCCGCACCACCCGCCAGCAGCACUGCCACAGCAUGGACAGCAUUCAGGCACACCUGGCUUUCUGCAUUACAAACAACAUGACCCCGAAGGCAUUUCUGGAAAGUUAUCUGACUGCUGGCCCCACAAUGCAGUACGGGAGAGAGAGCUCUCAGACUCGCCACUGGACACUGGUCAGCGAGGCGUCCGUCACCAGUCCCCUCCGGCACGGCUCUGAGUUCCAGCUUAAAUCAUCUGACUUCAGCCUAGUGGUCACCAGCAAAACCAUCCCGCACCUCAAACUGUCCGAGGAGUACGUCCAUCCCAAAUCACACAAGUUUGUACUACAACUACAGUCUGAGACCUCUGUCUGAUGGAGUGGGCUGCUCUCGUCCAUUUGCUUUUUCUACGCUUGUAAAUUUCGGACUAGUACUAUUUUGUUUUGAAAUUCUUUUUUCACUUUUUCACAGUUUAUAAAUGGCAUUUUACAUGAUGUAUGUAUUUUGAUACAAUAUUUGUUAUUACUGAGAACAGAAGAGAACAAAAAACAAGAGAAAAAAUGUACCUGUAAUGUGUGUUAUCUGAUGACCUAGUGCUGACUGGUGUGAUUGUGCGUUUGUGCUCCUUGUCUGUAUGUUUCGUUUUGCAUAGAGCAAAUGCUAGUUAAGUAAUGUGAUAAACGGCAAAUUUUGCUUUUGCAAGCAGAUAUUGUUUAGCAUAUCUAUGCUUAUGAGGCCUGUAUGUUUUAUCAGUUCACCACAACACAAAUGAGUGUUGAUUCAUAUUGAAGUAUCAUGAGAUCAGGUAAGUUUGGAAACACUGCUUGAGGAUUGCGAAAUUGCACCGGCAAAAAAAUCUUGUCUGCUGUCAAUACUGCUGAGAUGUCAUUUAAUUAAUAUUUAGGAGUUUAAAAUUCUAAAUUGGAUAAGAAACAGUAUACAGAGAGAGAAAUAAUUCAGAAAAAGCACCUCAUUACCAGAUUUGUAUCAUAAUUUUAAAAUAUGUAUUAAUAUAAAUAUAUAUAAUAUAUCCAGUGUUGGGACAAUGCAUUACAAGUAAUGUGAGUUAUGUAAUAAUAUUACUUUUCUAAGUAACGAGUAAAGUAACACAUUACUUUUAAAAAUCAAGUUAUAAUAUUUGAGUUAGUUUAAUUAAUUAGCUUUAAAAUAUAUAUAUAUAUAUAUAUUGCUGAAUUAAAAUAAAGUAGUCACAAUAAAUUACGCAGUCAAUGAGAGAAUGUUCAUAAUUUUGAACACAUCAAAGAAAAGGGCAUCGUCUGAAUGUACAGUGAUUUCACUUAAGACAAAUAGUACAAAAGUGACAAACACAAUGCUUUAAACUUUCAAUAAUCUGAAUAUACGGCAUAUAUAGCUCUGGGGUCAGGAAGUUCCCUGAAAACAUCCUAAAAAUAUAUAUUUUAUGUGUUUUUUAAGGUAAAUUAAGGUCAUACAGUACAUUGUUAAUUGCAGAGCUCCUCUGUUUAAAAAAGAAAGAAAAAAAACAAGUUCUGAAAGAGAUCAAGCCUCAGCCAGGUAAUAAAAAAUAACGCAAAAGUAACUCAAAAGUAAUGUAACACAUUGUUUACCAUAAAAAGUAACUAAGUAACACAACUAGUUACUUUUUUGGGAGAGUAACUCAAUAUUGUAAUGCAUUACUUUCAAAAGUAACUUUCCCCAACACUGAUAUAACAAAAAGCACUUUGUUAAACAUCUUAAACAACAAAGGUUAUUGGGGAGAUUAAGUUCCCAAAAUGUAAUUCGAAAGCAUGAUUAAAUUGAACACUUAUAGAUCACAAACAAUGGAAAACUAUCUGUUAAUUGUAACUUUUCCAGUGCCAUAAUAAUAGCAUGAUAUAGCCAAACAUGAUCAUUUUCAGCCUAUUGGGUUAUUUUAUUUCUGCAGUUUUAAUAUCUUGGAAGAAAAAGGAGUAAAAUGUAAAAGGAAAAAAACAGCCUUUCCUUUGUGAUGAAUAAAUUGUGAUUUGUAGUUCA